GGCCAGCGAGGUGGUGCUGGAAACUAGGCCGCAGGCCAGGUGCUGCGUGGACACCUGAUCCCGCCUCCAUCUACUCAGGGAGGGACACGAGACCUGCGGGUGGGCCAGGAGGCUAGGUCAGGCAGGGCUGUGUUGCUUCUCGAGACAUCAAGCUUUUCUGUCUCCUCCCACUGGGGCACCCUGCGCCCCAACCCGAGGCCCACAAUGGCUUGUCCCAAGUGCACUCCUGGGCCUCACCAAACGGCUUUAGGGAGAUCCUGUUCCCUCAUUUACCCUCGUCCCUCAUGACACAACAUCUCCAGGGACAGGGCCAAAUGGAGCCGGGGCAGGGGGGCCCGGGCACCACCCCUUCUGUCACCAUGCCUCUGCUCUGGCCAAGCCAGAGCCCUUCUUGAGUGGGGCGAGGGCACUGUCCCCAGGUUGGUGGCACUCACCCGGCCAACUUUGGCCCUGCCUCAUCCAAUGAGUCCGCAGCCCUGGGGCCCUGUGGUUUCCUCUCUUGCCACUGUUAGUGAUUUUACUUGCCAGAGCUUAGUAGGUGGAGGGUCUCCAGGGUCCCCCAUGCUGUCCUGGAGCCCCCUGAGGUGGUGUCAUCACCACGUGGCAGUGAGACUGGUAGGCUGAGCCCUGGGCCACCUUCUGCAGCGAGAGCUGCUGCUGGCACAGGGCUGUGGGGCCAGCUCGGGACCUGGGGAGCCACAGCCACAGCUCGGCCUGCAUCGCAGGGUCCAGCCGGGGUCUCAAAGCCCACAGCUCGGUGGGGACCUGGGGUCACCUUUUAGCCAGAUGGCGUCUGACCAGCCAGCAGGACUCAGGCAGAGUGACCGCUGCCAGAGUGAGCCGCAGCCCUCAGGCCCAUGUCCCGCCCCUACAGGUUCUGCGGGGAGUGCCUCCAGCCCUGCCUGCAGGUGCCGUCCCCCCUGUGCCCGCUCUGCCGCCUGCCCUUCGACCCCAAGAAGGUGGACAAGGCCACCCACGUGGAGAAGCAGCUCUCAUCCUGCAAGGCGCCCUGCCGGGGCUGCAAUAAGAAGGUGACGCUGGCGAAGAUGAGGGUGCACAUUUCCUCCUGCGUGAAGGUUCAGGAGCAGAUGGCCAACUGUCCGAAGUUCGUCCCCGUGGUGCCCACGUCCCAGCCCAUUCCCAGCACGGUACCACCCUUCGCCUGCCCGUACUGCGCCCGCAACCUAGACCAGCAGGAGCUGGUGAAGCACUGUGUGGACAACCACCGCAGCGACCCCAGCCGCGUGGUGUGCCCCGUCUGCUCGGCCAUGCCCUGGGGCGACCCCAGCUACAAGAGUGCCAACUUCCUACAGCACCUGCUCCACCGGCACAAGUUCUCCUACGACACUUUCGUGGACUAUAGCAUCGAUGAGGAAGCUGCCUUCCAGGCUGCCCUGGCCCUGUCCCUCUCCGAGAACUGAGGGCACAGCCCUGGACGAGCCCUCCUGCUGGAGGGACAGGGAAGGAGCCUCGAGGGCCGGUGGAGCCUCACUGCGGCAGGAAGGGAGGCCGCCGUCCGGCUGCCAGGGCUCUGCUAAGCGUCGCUGGCUCUGCGGUGCUUUGAGCUGAGCAGGUGGCCUCGCGGGACCGGCCGCGGGACUGAGCACAGCCAGCUGUCUGCGUCUCAAAGCCAUGCCGUCCUCUGCUGCCGGGAGGACUGUUGGGGCCUUGCCGCCGAGCAGGGACGCGCGGAGGGGCACCCGGCCCAGCCCUGGCCCGCUGCCCCCCGCACUCGGUACUGGCCUCUGCGGUCCCUCGAGGUCCUGGCACUUUUCUACAUCAUCCAGCGCGAUGACCUUCUCACAUUUUUAGAACAAAGAUAAAGCAGUCACUCUUCAUGCUGCAAUCUCCGUGUUUGACUGGGAACAAUAGUAUUUUUAUGGGACGUUUACAAAAUUAUAUUUUUUAAAAAACAAUCAGAAGU